GGGGAAUGGAGGGGCAACAGCUCCGGAGCCCAUUGGGGUGGCAUUGGGACAGGGGUGCUUGGGAGAGACACCACUGGUCACAAUCCUGUAAGUGGGGAGUGGAUGAACACGAGUGAAUGUCACCACGUGCCUGAGGGAUCCCAGCAGGCCAGGGCCAAGGACUGAAGUGAGAUCCCUCCAUCUGGUCCCUCCAGGGCGUGGUGAGGGGAUAUAAGGGGGGAAUCCUGAUACGGGGACCCCACAACCGGUUCUAAACAAUGGAGGCAAUGUCGUGACUGACAGGUCUGGGAGGAACUGUCCGAGCUCCCCUUAGAGAGAAGCUUGCCACGUUCAGACAAUCUGCAUGGGGCCAGGAGGUGACCAGCCCUGCAAACCAGCUGCCCAGCCACCCCAGAGGGGCCUGAUCCCAACCCAGAGCUCGCCUGGAGCCCAGAUGGAUCCAGCAGCUUCUCCCUCUGCCAGGGCACCGCAGCCCACAGGGCAUCUUCAUGGCAGGGAUGGGCCUGGCACAGCCCCAGAUCCAGCCAGCCGGAGCGGGGUGGAAGCUCCUCCCGCCCCACAGGGACCCCUUGCUGCAGCUGUCGUGAGCCCCUGCCUUCGCUUGGAGCUCUCGCCGGGGAGGGGCUGCUGCUGCUGACUCUGCUCUGAGCUCUGCCUGAGGCUGGGGGAGAUGCACUCGGCUCCUGGAGGGGUCAGGAACCGAAGCCAGUCGAUCGCCCUCGUGUCAUCACCCUGCCUGCUGGCUGGGCAGGGUAACUCCUGAGGUCACCACCCUCUCCAGCCUGCCUUGGGCUUGGAGAGUGAGGAGGAGGGCGAGGGACGUCUGCUGACCCUGAACAUCCGCCAUCCAUUAUCCCAUCACUGAGAGCAAGAUGGCCAGGCUCCUGCGGAUGUUGCGGAGGAAGGCUCUGCAGGUGGCCCCAGAGCCUGAGGGAAGCAGCUGCCGUCUUCCCAAGGGGCAGAGCAAGCCCUGCGUCCCCGCUGGCGGGGAAGCAGGUCCCGUCCAGGCCAGACGGCGGAAGUGCCCGGCCUUCUGGAAAAGGACCCCGGCUCCCGGCGCAGGCGCCGAGCUGGGAGAGGCCCCGACCAGGCCCCAGUGGAGCUGGCCCAGGCUGCGGUUUGGCAGACAGGACCCAGCCCAGGAGGGGCGCCGGGCAGGGUGGCUCUGGGGCUUGUUGUGUGGGCAGCAGCGGCCCCAGGAGCCCAGCCCUCGUUCCCAUCAGGAGGCCUCGCCCUGCCCGGUCUCUGAGGCCCUUCCAGCCCCCGCCGGCCAGGAGGGGGAAGGUCCCUGUCCCAGCACCGGCAGCUCAGCCUGGGACAGCGGCAGCACCUGGGCCUCUGGCAGCAGCCAGGCCGAUGGAGGCCACUGCUUUGUUCCAGGGACCCCCCUGGAUUCGGAGCAGGAGGAAGGGGUGGACAUGGCCAAAGAUGAAGCUGCUCUCAAGGUCAUCCGAGAGCAGCUCCAGUGCAGAGAUAAGGAUGAGGGGCAGCAGCUCCUGUUCCUUCAGGCCAUCUACCCCGCAUGUCUGGCUGCACGGGAGAGAGGGGAGGACACGCUGGAGCCGCGCUGCUGCAAGGCGGCUGUGGUGAAGAGGAUCGUGGAGCUCAUCGAGGAGCUUCCCGAUGACUCGUCACCCAGCGCCGUCCUCGCCCACUCCCUGGCUGCAGUGGGCUACCUCUGCACCAUGAAACCUGCCCUGGAGCCAGCCCUAGAGACCCACCUCUUGCGAGCUGCCCUUCACUCCGUCUUCACCCUGGGCACGGAGAAGGACGCCACCGGCAUCCAGGCUCUGCACAAAGUCAUCCCAGAGGUCCUGGAUGCCAUGCUGGGGAACCUGCUGGCAGAGUCCCCAGACACAGAUAGGCUCCACUUCAUCUUGGAGCAUGUCAACCUCUGGGUCGUGUCCAGGGUGUCCCAGGAGCGAGCCAGGGCUAUCAGGAGCAGCACAGCCCUGCUGAGAUACACAGUCACCCUCCCUGAGUUUGACAUCUCAGCCGAGUUCCCUCGGAUGGGUCACCAUGUGGCCCAGCUGGCUCUAUUUGUCAGCGAUCCAGACAAGGACAUCAGCCGGCAGGCCAGGGAGGGGACUUACCGGCUCUACCAGCUGCUGCUCCAACAGAGGGGCCUGACCAUACAUGAGGCGGAAGAUCUCUGGUGCUAUGACUGGCACCAGGACAGCAGGCUGUUGGGCUACAAGAACACAGCCAGAGUGGGGGAGGUCUUUGGAAAAUUUUUCUCCGUCGAGCAGAGAAGAUCCUUCCUGCGGACAGCAGUGCUGGCCAUCCACGACCCCCUGCUGCGUAUCAGCCAGGCUGGGCUGGUGCUUGUCUACUCCCUCCUGGGGGAAGCCCAGCAACUGAUGGGGGACACACACAAGGAUGUCACAGCCAAGGUCAUGGGCCAGCUUCACAUCAUCCGUCACUUGCACCAGAUGCCCGAGGCGCUGCAAGGGCUGUGGCUCAUCUGA